AUGGCCUACGAGCUCGACGGCGAGGACGCCGUCGACUUCGCCGGCAUGAUGAACGCCCUCGGCGUCGAGGUCGACGAGGCCGCGGCCGACGCGGAGGCCUGGCCCGCCGAGGCCGCGGACGACGAGGUCAAGGCGGACGACCCGGAGCUCGAGGAGGCGCUCGCGGCCGUGGCGCGCGCCGACGGCGCCGACCCCCCGGCGCCGCCGCCGGACCCCGAGCUCGAGGAGGCGCUCGCCGCCGUGCAGAGCCUCGAGCGCGCGGCGCUCGCGCGCUCGUCGUCCGCGGAGCACAAGCGGGCCGACGCGGAGUUCGCCGCGGCGCUCUCGGCGUCCGAGGUCUACGAGGAGGAGGCGCGGUCGUCGCGGCGCCGCGCCGCGGAGAGCGCCGACGAGGCCUACGCGCGCGCGAUCUUCGCGAGCCUCGCGGCCGCGGAGCGCGACGACGUCGAGCAGGACGCGGUCGUCGCCAAGGCCCUCGCGUGCGAGGACGAGGACGACGCGGAGCGGGGCGCGCGGACGCGCGCCGAGGUCGACCUCUCCGGCGACGCGGACCUCGCCUUCGCGUUGGACCUCCAGGAGGCGGCGGCCGAGGACGACGGCGACUUCGCGCUGCGCCUCGCGGCCGAGGAGCGCGACGCGACCGUCGCGCGGCGGCUGGCCGCGGACGCGAGCGACGACGCGGCGCUCGCGCGGCGCCUCGCCGAGGAGGAGCUCGGCGGCGGCGACGCGUCGCUCGCGCGGCGCCUCGCCGAGGAGGAGAACGCGGGCGCGCGGGCCGCGGCGCGCGCCGUCGAGGAGGCCGCCGCGGCCGCGCGGCGCGACGCCGCGGCCGCCGCGUCGGCGGCGCUCUACGCGGCGCGGCGCGCGGACGAGCGCGCGGCCCUCGACGACGCGGCGAUCCGCGCGGCGCUGCGGCCCCACCGGGGCCGGCCCGCGGCCGACGCGGCCGACGAGGCCUUCGCGCGGUCCCUCGCGGCCGCCGAGGAACCGGAGCCGGCGCCGGCCGUCGACCCGUCCCUCAACCGGAGGGAGCGGCGCGCCAUGGACAAGCGGCCCUGGGCCGUGCCCGAGGCCGAGCUCGACGCCCAGGAGAGUGCGUCGCAGCAGAUCAAGGCCCAGCGCGGGAGGCCGCGCGGCCGCGGCGUCGACGCCGAGGAGACGCUCGCCAAAGCCGCCGAGGCCGCGCGGCUCGCGUCCGACGCGACGCGCGCGGCCAUGGCCGAGGCCUUCGACCGCGCCCAUAGCCUCGGCGCGCGCGGCGACCCGGCCUACCGCCAGGCCAAGGCCCUCCGGGACCGCAUGUACCGCCAGCGCGACGUCGCCGCGGCGCUCUUCUUCGCCGCGAACAACGGCGCCUUGCUGGGGCCCGACGCGGCCGUGCACCGCUGCUCCGAGAUCGGCUUCGAGGGCGUCGUCGACGUCGCCGUGGCGGCCUGCGGGACCCAUUUCGGGGUGGGCCACGACGUGCUUAUCGAUUUGCACUGGCUGUCGGCGCGCGACGCGACGUUCGUCGUCGACGCGGCGCUCGACGAGCUCGAGACGACGGUCAACAGGCGCAAGGCGUCGCUCAAGUUCAUCGCCGGCCGCGGCAGGCACUCCGUCGGCGCGCCGAAGCUCGGCGCCGCGGUCCGCGCGUGCCUCGAGAAGCGGCCGCGGCUCAAGGCCGCGGAGGUCCGGCCGGGCGUCUUCGACGUCCGCGUCCGGGCGGCGAGCCCCUAG